CAGGUAUAUUCCACACACACUGCAGAACAUAUCAGACCAUUCCGUACCCUCACUAUAAUAAUCUACAAUUCACGAUGAACCGCAACAUGUCUAUCCGCUCUCGCAAAGAGCCUAGCGGCGGCCGCCACCGCUUCACCAUGUCUACCUUCCGAGGCAUGCAGCAGCCCGAGCUAAGCCGCAAACUGAGCCGACUCAUCAAGAGCGAGAACUCGGCCAUCGGCGCACAUGAGACCGCCGGUCGAGAGCGCGCUGCCAUCGCUGCCGCCCUCUCGGAUUGGGGCGAGUCGACCGAGGACGAUGCCGUCUCUGAUAUCUCCGAUAAGCUGGGCGUGAUGCUGUCCGAGAUUGGAGAGCAGGAAGACAUCUUUGCGCAGAAUUUGGAGGACUAUCGUGGUGUCCUGAAGCAUAUUCGGAACAUGGAGGCUUCUGUGCAGCCGUCGCGUGACCAGCGCCAGAAGGUGACCGAUGAGAUUGCGAAGCUCAAGUACAAGGAUCCUACAAGCACGCGUCUGACCACCCUGGAGCAUGAGCUUGUUCGUGCCGAGGCGCAGAAUUUGGUUGCCGAAGCGCAGCUAUCCAACACUACCCGGACAAAGCUCAAGGAGGCCUUUGAUAUCCACACUGCCGCGAUCAUCGAGCGUGCGGAGAAGCAGAUCAUUCUUGCUCGACACGCCCGUCGCCUGCUCAAUUACAUCGACGACAGCCCUGUCGUGCCCGGCGAUACGCGCCAGGCAUAUGACCAUGAAUUCGACGCCCGCCAGGUUCUUGAGGACGCUGAAGCCGAUCUCCGUGCUUGGGAGCCAACCUUGGAUCCCAUCUCGAGCUCAGCUGUGGAUGCCCCGACCCAUGUCAACGACGGCAGAGUGAACGAACCUGAGCAGGACGUGGAGAGUGUGGCCACUGGCCCCAGCGGUGUCGCAGUCGGCAAUGCGGUUCCAUCAUCCUCCAAGCAACUUGAGGAGCCUGUUGCUUAGAGCCUCACCAGCUAAGGGGCAGAAAUGAUUUCUUUUGUAUUCUGGGUAUAUUGAUAUACUAUAGCAAUGUUUCAGUUCCUGCGUAAUCCUCUUAAUUUUGGAGGACUGAAGGUGGGCUAUUCAGUUGGUCUUGCUGGAAUUCAAGCGACGACCGGGGAAAAUUGAUCGGAAC